AAAGCGAAGCAACAGGAAAUCAGCAAAGAGCUUGCCUACAAGGAGUAAAAGCACAGUAUAUUUUUUGAAAAGAAGGAAACAAAGUAUUAUUAAAAAAGAAAUAUGGCAAAUCUUCCACUUCUCUUGAGCCUGGCUGACGAUUUGAACCGUCUUUCGAUGGUGCCAUUCUACGACACGCCCUACUAUUGGCAGCGCCAGCAGCGUAAUCCGUACCUAGCAUUGGCUGCAGUGCCCCUGGACCAGCAGCUGCGCCAGUUGGAGAAACAAGCAGGUGGCAUUAACCCAGUGUCCAAGAUCGGCAAAGAUGGCUUCCAGGUGUGCAUGGACGUUGCCCAGUUUAAGCCCAGCGAGCUAAACGUCAAGGUUGUGAACAAUUCCAUUGUCGUCGAGGGCAAGCAUGAGGAGCGGGAGGAUGAUCACGGUUUCAUCACUCGCCACUUUGUGCGCCGUUACGCCUUGCCCGACGGUUAUGAAGCCGAUAAAGUGGCCUCCACUUUAUCCUCGGAUGGAGUGCUCACUGUCAGCGUACCGAAGCCAGCAGCCAUCGAGGAGAAGGGCAAUCCCCGUGUUGUCCAGAUCCAGCAGGUUGGACCUGCCCAUCUCAAUGUGAAGGAGAACGCCAAAGAGCAGGUGGAGCAAGAUACCACCAGCGACAAAUAAGCUAUGCUUCUUAUAUAAGUCACGUCAUUUUUAGUGUGUAGAUUGCAUUAUUAUUAUAAUCAAUUAUCAAAGUC